CCCAACAUCUCAGAUUCUCAGACAAAGCCGCCUGUUUCUCUCUCAUUUUCAUUACUCUUUUAAGUGUCACGGUUCUCCACUCUUCGCAUUAACUCAAUCAUCUUUAGUCAAUCAUGUUGCAGUACAAGAAGGAAGCCAGUACUUGGAUUCUUGGUCAUCCGAAGGAAGGUGAUUUGACGUGUCAGAAGGUGUUUGUGAUGGAUGAUCCGAUAGAUCGAGACUAUGGUGGCGUACGAAUUUUGAGGGAUUUCAUGGCAAAGUCCAUUGACGGCUUGGGCAGUUCCCCCCGGUCUGACCCCACCCACUAUACAGUAAACAUUGAAGGGAUCACUCUCAAUGACCACAAUGACCACAUGGUGGCCAAAGUAGAAGGCGGCUUCACACUGUGUGAUAAGUGUAAUCUCAAAGUGGCCGAAGGCGGCUUCACACCGUGUGAUAAUUGUGAAACAGAUAUGGCAGAAAGCGAAAAAAGGAACGCUAAGGCAAACAAUCCAUCGGGGCUAGUUAAAUUCCAUGAGAUCCUGAGAAGGAGUGUGUACAUUGAGGUUGAGAACACAUCGGCUGACAAUGCAAUGACUUUCUCUGACAAGGAUCUGCCCCCCAAAGGAACCGUCCAUCCUCCUAAGCUCUAUAUAUCAGUGGAUGUCGGUGAAAAACUGAUAAGUAGGGUUCUUAUCGACAGUGGGUCUGACUUUAAUAUUUGCCCAUUGGAUAUUGUUCGAAAGUUAGGAAUGGAGGAACGCAUUGACAAAAUUAAUAUCAUGGUGGCGAGGGGCUUUGACGGAACUGAACGCGAGAACAUUGGCCAAAUUGAACUCCUUAUGAGAGUAGGACCCACUACCUUUCGCAUCAAGUUCCAUGUAUUUGACAUUCCUUGUACAUCAUACAAUCUCAUCCUAGGAGCGGCUUGGAUCAAUGAUGCUAAGGUACUCCACUCAAGUGUUCAUCAAAGCCUCAAGUUUGUUUUUAACAACAAAACGAUCACUGUCCAUGCCGAAAAAGACUUUGCAGUCAGCUCUGACACUGCCGGUGAGCCCUCAUCUAAACGAAGACUCGGAAUAAAAAUGGUUUCACAUAUGCCUGAAAGAAGCCAACCUCCUCAACUAAGGUUCUCCAACAAAACAAUUGAUGAAUCUUUGGACACUAUCAUUUGUGAUGGACCUAUAAGCGUGUUCGAGUUUGAGAAGUAUGCUGCUGAAACAGAGGAAGAAGUAAAUGAGUUGGCAGACCUCGACCUCAGUGAUGAAGGGCUGACCACAAUCAUUGGAGUUGAGGAGGUUGGUCUUGCAGCCUAGAUGAGCCACCACGGUGGUGCCAGCUUGGAGCUUCUUCAUAGCAAACCACUCUCCAAGUUAAUGAUCGACCUUUCGAUACAACUAUACAAGUUGUAUGAGUGUAUUUUAAUCAGAGUACGUAACAACUAUGGACUGUGUUUAAUUACGCAUUGAGUGAGUGUCAGUCUCACUUCCAAUAAUAAUAAGUUUGACAAAUAAUUUGCAAGUGCAA